ACAAGAUAAGAAAGGGAAUUCAGUGGCAAACCCUCAUAAAUGCAAAUUAAUUACUUCUAUCCCUACUUCACCAAAUUUUAUACCAAAUCAUCAAAGUAGGCGGAAAUCAACAUGUACCAAAUUUGUGCCGAAUUUUAUACCAAAUUUUAUAGCGAAUUGUAGAUUCUCCUCAUCUAUUAUAAAACCUUUACUCCAUAGCUAGCCAAACAACAAAGAACUCGAACAUAUCCUCAUGGAAGAACAAGGCGGAAACAAUCUUUAUCAAGGUAGUAACAGCUUACGAGCAAUUAACAACAGCUUUUCCAUAUCAAGGGACGUCGUCGUCGAUGAGAGGAACGUGUUUUCAAGAUCGUUGAGAGCAGAGGAUGACGAGGAAGCUCUCAAAUGGGCGGCCAUCGAGAGGCUCCCGACGUUCAGUAGGGUAAAGAAAGGUUUGUUGAAGACUGAGGACGGGCAGACGAAUGAGGUUGAUGUUUUGAAACUUGGAUAUAAGGAGAGGAAGAAUUUGGUGGAACGGUUGGUGAGGGAUACGGAGGAGGACAAUGAGAAAUUUUUGUUGAAUCUCAAACAGCGUCUUGAUAGGGUCGGUAUUGAAAUUCCUACUCUUGAAGUCAGGUUUGAGCAUCUAGAUAUUCAGGGGGAAGCAUAUGUAGGAAGCAGGGCCUUGCCUUCACUUUUUAACUUCUUUACCAAUAAGAUGGAGGUCAUCUUGUAUUAUCUGGGUUUGCUUUCUAGUAGAAAGAAGAAGGUAACCAUACUUCGUGAUGUAAGUGGAAUCAUCAAGCCUUGCAGAAUGACAUUGCUUUUAGGUCCUCCAAGUUCUGGGAAGACCACACUUCUCUUAGCAUUGGCUGGAAAGCUUGAUCCUACCCUAAAGUUUUUGGGGAGGGUCACUUACAAUGGCCAUGAAAUGAAUGAGUUUGUACCACAGAGGACUGCUUCCUAUAUAAGUCAAUAUGAUCUCCAUAUACCUGAAAUGACAGUGAGAGAAACCUUGUCCUUCUCGGCAAGAUGCCAGGGGGUUGGCGAACACUAUGAUAUGCUGGCAGAGUUGGCAAGAAGAGAGAAAGCUGCAAAUAUAAAGCCUGAUCCUGAUAUUGAUGUUUUCAUGAAGGCUGCAACUCUGGAGGGCCAAGAGGCCAGUGUGGUCACUGAUUAUAUUUUAAAGGUUUUGGGACUAGACAUUUGUGCAGACACCAUAGUAGGGGAUGCAAUGUAUAGGGGUAUCUCUGGAGGACAACGGAAACGUUUAACAACUGGUGAGAUGCUGGUUGGACCAGCAAAGUUGCUGCUCAUGGAUGAGAUAUCCACUGGUUUGGACAGCUCAACGACAUUCCAAAUUGUUAAUUCACUCCGGCAGUUCAUUCAUAUUCUAAAAGGAACUGUUGUUAUUUCACUCCUACAGCCAGCUCCAGAGACUUACAAUCUAUUUGAUGACAUCAUUCUUCUAUCUGAUGGCCAGAUUGUCUACCAGGGUCCUCGUGAGCAUGUGCUGGAAUUUUUUGAAUCAAUGGGCUUCAAGUGUCCUGAAAGAAAGUGUGUUGCUGACUUCUUGCAAGACGUUACAUCCAGAAAAGAUCAAUGGCUGUAUUGGUCAUGCAAUGACAAGGCCUACAGUUUUGUCACGGUGGAGGAGUUUUCAGAGGCCUUCCAAUCAUUCCACGUGGGAAGGCAAUUAAAAGGUGAUCUUCUAAUUCCAUUUGACAAGAGCAAAAGCACUCCAGCUGUUUUGACAACUAAAAAGUUUGGUGUUACAAAGAAUGAGUUGUUCAAGGCUUGCUUUUCAAGAGAACUUCUGUUGAUGAAGAGGAACUCUUAUGUGUACAUUUUCAGGCUGAUCCAACUUGUAUUGAUGGCACUGAUUGGAUCAACUCUCUUUCUACAAUCCAAGAUGCACAAGGAUACCUUAAUUGAUGGAUUAAUUUACAUGGGUGCUUUGUUCUUCGAUGUGAUUAUGAUCACAUUUAAUGGAUUGCUAGAGAUUAGCUUUACAACUUUCAAGCUUCCUGUGUUCUUCAAGCAAAGAGAUCACCUAUUUUUUCCUGCAUGGGCAUAUUCUCUUCCUACAUUUAUUCUGAAGAUCCCAAUAACAUUUAUAGAAGUCGGAAUUUGGACAGUAAUUACUUAUUUUCUCAUGGGUUUUGAUUCCAAUGUUGAAAGGUUUUUCAGACAGUUGUUUGUUCUGCUAUUGAUAAACCAGGUGGCUUCUUCAUUGUUCCAUACACUUGCCGCAGGAGGUAGGGAUUUAGUUGCUACUAACACAUUAUCCUCAUUUGUUCUACUGGUGCUCUUUGCAAAUUCUGGCUUUGUCUUGACACGAGAUGAGGUAAAGAGUUGGUGGAUCUGGGGUUAUUGGAUUUCACCAUUGAUGUAUGCGCAGAAUGCAGUGGCAGUCAAUGAGUUCCUUGGAGAGAGUUGGAAUAAUCAAUCACUGGGAGUUUUAGUUUUGAGGUCUCGAGGGUUCUUUACAGAAGCACACUGGUAUUGGAUAGGGGUUGGUGCAUUGAUUGGAUUCACACUUGUAUUCAAUUUUGGUUAUACUUUGGCACUCAGUUAUCUCAAACCUCUUGAAAAGCUCCACGCUGCUAAACCAGAUUCACAAAGCAAUGAAAACAGUGAAAGAACUGGGGAAGAUGCUAAGCCGUUGGCACAGGGAAUUAGCCCUAAUAAUCAAACUAAUAAAGAGGAGUCAAGGAUGCAACCUGCAAUAAAGACAGCUCAAGAUAGGAAAAGGGGAAUGGUUCUUCCAUUUGAACAACACUUGGUCACUUUUGAUGGGAUUAGCUAUUCUGUAGAUAUGCCACAGGAAAUGAAAAAUCAAGGUUUCUCCCAAGAUAGAUUGGUGCUUUUGCAGGGUGUAAGUGGUGCUUUUAGGCCUGGUAUUCUAACAGCUCUGAUGGGUGUCAGUGGUGCUGGUAAAACCACUUUAAUGGAUGUUCUUGCUGGUAGGAAAACGGGAGGAUAUAUUGAAGGGAGCAUCAUGAUUUCUGGAUACCCAAAGAAGCAACAAACAUUUGCUCGUAUUUCUGGGUAUUGUGAGCAAAAUGACGUCCACUCACCUCAUGUUACAGUCUAUGAGUCAUUGCUGUACUCAGCUUGGCUUCGCCUAGCUCCUGAAGUGAAGUCUGAAACCAGAAAGAUGUUCAUUGAGGAAAUCAUGGAGCUAGUGGAAUUGAAACCUUUGAGGCAAGCAUUGGUAGGGCUGCCAGGUGUAAGUGGCCUAUCAACAGAGCAGCGCAAGAGGCUAACCAUUGCAGUUGAGCUAGUGGCAAACCCCUCUAUAAUAUUCAUGGAUGAGCCAACUUCAGGGCUCGAUGCAAGAGCCGCUGCAAUUGUUAUGAGAACAGUUAGGAACACCAUGGACACCGGCAGAACAGUUGUUUGCACCAUCCAUCAGCCAAGCAUUGACAUAUUUGAGGCAUUUGAUGAGCUGUUCUUACUGAAGCGAGGUGGGCAACAGAUAUAUGCAGGACCCCUGGGCCCUAAAUCUUGCCAUUUGAUUGAGUAUUUUGAGAGAAUUGAGGGAGUUAGUAAAAUAAAAGAUGGUUACAAUCCUGCAACUUGGAUGUUAGAAGUCACCAAUCCAGCACAAGAAAUGGCUUUGGGAAUUGAUUUUGUUGAUAUUUACAGAAAUUCAGAACUCUACAAGAGAAACAAAGCAUUCGUGCAACAAUUAAGUGUGCCUGCCAUUGGUUCAAAGGAGCUGAGGUUUAAUACUCAAUACCCGCAGUCAUUUUUUACCCAAUGCAUGGCUUGCUUAUGGAAACAACACUGGUCAUACUGGCGCAACACAUCAUAUACUGCUGUUAAACUUUUUUUCACAACAGUUAUCGCCUUGAUGAUCGGGUCAAUGUUUUGGGAAAUUGGCUCUAAGAAGUGAGUAACAUGGGGUAAAAAUUGUAAAUGCUAAAAUUCUCUUAAUUUCUACCCAUGUCGUAAGCUAAUUCUCGGCUUUCAAAAAUAAAAAAAUCAUAGGGAAAGGCUACAAGAUAUUUUUAAUUCAAUGGGUUCUGUAUAUGCUGCUGUUCUCUUCCUGGGGAUCCAAAAUUCUUUGAGUGUGCAGCCAGUGGUGGACAUUGAACGA